AUGGAGACCAAGUGCAAGAUCUCCUUGAGAGCGAGAAAAGGGCAGAGGCAGCUGCACGUGGAAGGCACUGUUUUUGGUGUCCAACUAGCAAGGAGAAUGAUGCACGAACUCAUGUUGGAAGGACUGGAUUUCAAUGUUUUUGUUUGGGCCACGGGGAGGACGGAGGCUGACAACGACAUCGCCCAAGAGUGCUCCUGCUGUGUCGGGCACUGCGGCUGUGCCACCACCAUGGCGAGUCGAAUGGCGGAGGGUGCCACACCACUUGUAGCCUCAGCAUCCAGCAGCGCUGUGCCUGCGUCAGCGAGGACCGCACCAGCUGCCCAGACCAUGCCCGCUGCAUUGCGUGGAUUUAGCUUCACCUUCCAUGUGUUUGGGGUACAGCACAUAGUUGGAGGCGACUACCCAAUCCGAGUGGACUGCAACGACUUCAACGACCCCUAUAGGAAUCCUGAGCUGCAUGCUCACCCUGGAUGGCACUCGCAAACCCUGUGGAAUUGCUUUCGCAGCGAGAGCUGGGAAAAUCUAUUGAGGAAUUUGUUCCGUUGGAUCCGGGACGAAGCCGCGCCUGGACAGCAUCUCUUUUGGGAUUUUUUGUACGACCGGACGUUACAGGAGCGUUGCGGUGGCGUGGCUUCUGGAAGAGGUUUUGAAGCAGGUGGGUGCAGACAGGAUCACCGUCCAGUAAUUAUCUUGCAAGGGAGGCGGGCGAAUGGAGCCACCUUUGUAGCAAUUGUGAAGAUUGCCGAGAGGACAAUCCGGCAAAGCAAGAGAGCUGAAGAGAGCUCUAGCAACUCAACUGACGGAGCUGUGGGCCGAAUUGAUGCGAAAAUGGUGAGCGUGUCAUGA